CAACCUAGACCGAGGAAUGAAACCGCAUUGGAAUGCAACAUCCAUGGCAGCGCAAUAUGACCUCGCCAGAUUUAAAAGAGCGUCCGAACCCGGUAACAUUUCUUACUACAAUUGACUGAAAACAACACUAAGUACAGAGUAUACGUAUUGACAAUGUCCGCCUCCCACCCUCAACCGCCAUAUCCCUUGCAUGACUCCGUCAAGAACCUUUUGAAUCCUGAAUACGUCGCUUUCUAUAACCAGCAUGUUAUAAACCUUCAGCAAGUACAUCUUCAGCCUGUUGCCGCGUCUCGGACGAGUGGUGUCUUGAUCCCGGGUGGUGGUCCGUUGCUGGAGGUGGGUAAGACGGAGGAUAUCACCAUCCAACGGCGGGUUACCGAGGGACCAGAUAUCAAUGCUCGCGUGUUCACGCCCAAAGGCGAAAAGCCGGGGGGUGGAUGGCCGGUGAUGCUAUAUUUCCAUGGCGGAGGAUGGGUAUUGGGAAACAUUAACACGGAAAAUACGGUGUGCACGAAUCUCUGCGCGAGGGGUAACUGUGUAGUCGUCACAGUGGACUAUCGCCUAGCACCAGAGAAUCCCUGGCCAGCCGCUGUGCACGACUGCUGGGAAGCACUACUAUGGCUACUCGCAGAGGGCCCCUCGCGACUUUCCAUCAACACUUCCAGAAUGGCUACGGGGGGCUCAUCGGCGGGUGGUAACCUGGCCUCCAUCAUGACCCAGAAAGCCCUAAUGCUCUCACCUCCUGUCCGGUUUCUGGCACAAUUGCUUUCCGUCCCUGUCACGGAUAACACGGCGACGGUAUCUACUAACCCCGCAUUCCGGCUAUACGAACACACGCCCGCGCUCCCCGCCGCCAAAAUGGAAUGGUACCGGAACCACUAUCUCCCCAACGAGGCCGACCGUACCAAUCCCGAGGCCAGUCCGCUGUUCUAUACCGGGGAUUGGUCGUUGUUACCGCCUGCUCUGAUCAUGGUAGGCGAGCUUGAUGUCCUCCGGGCGGAGGGGGAGGAGUAUGGUGCGAAACUGGAGAGCGCUGGGGUGGAGGUAAAUUUGCAGGUGAUGAAGGGAAUGCCGCAUCCGUUUCUGGCGAUGGACGGGGUAUUAGAAGAGGGGAGACGGUCGAUUAGCUUGAUGGUUGAGAUGCUCAAUCUGGUUUUCCAUUAGCCGUUCAGGGGCUCUGUUUCCUUCUGUUUUCUUUGUUUAGAGCAGUCUUCGUGCUAGAUUCUGAUACGCUGCAAACCAAUUCCUUGAUGUUGUAUCCUGUGGUUUUUACUGGUGGGUACAACGAGUGCCACCGAGUUAGUUCGCUUUAGGGUUCCAUACAUGAGGCUCGGUGCACAGACGACAAUUCAGGCCCGGCCAGCCCAAUGGGUUUAUCUCGGAGAUACUCGCUUCUCGCAUUGAUACGAGAUGCAUAUUACGAGCCCGAUAUUAAGGGUCCAAUUGUUGGACUAU